GGCUCAGAUCUCUUCAAUGUUCUUCACAGAAGCGGGUUCUUCUGCCAAAAACCGACUAGGAAGAUGGCUUCGAUGGAAGUAAUGGAGCCAAUUGCCAGUGGCACAAGUGGGAGUCAGGACAUUCCUCCUCCGAAACUGACACAGAAGGAGAUGCGAGAACAAGGCUUGAUGCAGCUCUCAGAUGCAGAAGGAUGUGCUCAACUUCUCUUUCACUUCAGCUUCCUUGCCAUUUGUGCAACAUUGGUGACUUGGAGCUAUCAGCAUGGGCGCUGGGGCCUCUUGCUGGCCGCGGAAGUGCCCUUUGGCAUGGCCGAGUCGUUUCUCUUCAACGGCUUUCAUGAGAUGGUGCACAACACCGCCUUCGAGACCCGAUGGUUGAACACCUGCUGUGCACAUGUGCUGGGCUUCUUGAACUUCCGAGGCGCCAAGUGGUUCUGGUGCUUUCAUUGGACUCACCACCGCUUCACCAACGAUCCCUCGAAGGAUCCUGAGCUCAGUGGGGAAAGUGUCGAUUUGGAUGAUCCGACCAAGUCCUUGAGCGGCUACUUCUCGUUCAUCAGUGGUCAUCCUUUCGGCUUUGAGCGUGUGGCUCGCAUGGCCCGCACCGUGUUGAAGAAUGAAGUGGAUCCUUGGGUUGCAGAUAAGCCAGAAAGUACUCAGAAGGCUGUCAAGAUGGAAGCCAGCUUCUACUUGUUCGGCUACUUCUUGAUUGCACUGCUUGCUCUCUUUCGCCCGAGCACCGUAGGUGUGAAGGUCGUUUUGCUUUGGAUCCUUCCUCACUGCAUUGGUGCAGGACAUUUGAGACUCUAUCAGUUUGCGGAGCACAGAGCUUGUAAGAUGGGUCCUUAUACAGAUACCAAUGCUUGGAUUUGUGCUCGGACCACCUCCACUUGGUGGCUUUAUCGAAAGUUAGCUUGGUAUAUGCCCUAUCACGUGGAGCACCACGCCUGGCCCAACGUCCCUUUCCACAAACUUCAGGCAGCCCAUGAGCUGGUGAAGGAUGCCUAUCAGAAGCAGGGCUUUACAAAGAUCCCCACGGGCUGCAGCCCUUCAGGGGAGGGUGGCUAUUUGUAUCUUCAUUGGGUGAGCUUCAAGCAUAUGCUCGCAAAUGUCUCCAAGGCGGCUAAAGCCUAGUCUGAACAGACAGUCUUCCUUGGCUUUAGCGCCCAGAACCUUUGUUAUGCUGAAAGCGGACAGGGCUGAGCUUUCCAUGUACAAUCUUCAAAAGCUGACUUCAGCUCUGUUUCUAAAAACCUUAAUGUAGCCUUGCUGUUGGCAGGAAUAUCAUUGCUGGUAAAGCUGCCAUGCAUGAUGGAGCCAUGCUGCUUAGAGCAGAGAAUCUAAAUCAGCGUCUCCUGACAGACUUCUCAACAGCGUUCGAAUCUGCUUUAGAGUCAAGUGCAUUCGACGACUCUUUUAGAGGAACAGACUUCCACAGAUUCACCCACAGAGGUGCACGCAAAGACACCGCGACGUUCCAACUUGCGAAGAAGACCCAAAA